CGUACAGACUUUUGCCCAAACGAAGAUGGCGGUGCAGGAAUCAGCAGCACAACUCUCCAUGGCACUGAAGGUCCAGGAAUAUCCAACUUUAAAGGUACCUUACGAGACCCUGAACAAGCGGUUCCGGGCCGCCCAGAAGAAUAUCGACCGGGAGACGAGUCACGUGACCAUGGUGGUGGCCGAGCUGGAGAAGACGCUUAGCAACUUCCCCGUGGUGGACUCCGUGGUGUCCCUGCUGGAUGGCGUGGUAGAAAAGCUGAGUGCCCUCAAGAGGAAGGCCGCCGAAUCCAUCCAGGCCGAGGACGAAAGCGCUAAACUGUGCAAGCGCCGCAUCGAGCACCUGAAGGAGCACAGCAGCGACCAGCCGGCCGGCGUCGGCGUGUGGAAGAGGAAGCGCAUGGACCGCAUGAUGGUUGAGCACCUGCUGCGCUGCGGCUACUACAACACUGCCGUCAAGCUGGCCCGCCAGAGCGGUAUCGAGGACCUGGUCAAUAUCGAGAUGUUCCUUACUGCCAAGGAGGUGGAGGAGUCUCUGGAACGACAGGAAACUGCCACCUGCCUGGCCUGGUGCCAUGACAACAAGUCACGCCUCCGCAAGAUGAAGCUGAUGACUGAUCUCCUGAGUUGCGGUUCAGUCGUCCCACCGCGCUGUCAGAGCUGCCUGGAGUUCAGCUUGCGCAUCCAGGAGUUCAUCGAGCUCAUCCGACUGAACAAGCGCAUGGAUGCCGUCAGACAUGCACGGAAGCACUUCAGCCAGGCUGAGGGGGGCCAGCUGGAUGAGGUCCGUCAGGUGAUGGGGAUGCUAGCGUUCCCCUCCGACACACACAUCUCACCCUACAAGGACCUGCUGGACCCAGGCCGCUGGAAGAUGUUAAUCCAGCAGUUCAGAUACGACAACUACAGGUUGCACCAGCUGGGCAGUAAUUCGGUUUUCACCAUCACCCUGCAGGCUGGGCUGUCUGCCAUCAAAACCCCGCAGUGCUACAAGGAGGACGGCACCUCCAAAAACCCGGACUGUCCCGUGUGCAGCAAGUCGCUGAACAAGCUGGCCCAGCCUCUGCCCAUGGCCCACUGUGCCAACUCACGGCUGGUGUGCAAGAUCUCCGGGGAGGUGAUGAACGAGAACAACCCUCCCAUGAUGCUGCCCAACGGCUAUGUGUACGGAUACAAUUCCCUCUUGUCCAUUCGCCAAGACGACAAAGUCGUCUGCCCCAGAACCAAGGAGGUGUUCAGCUUCUCCCAGGCUGAGAAGGUGUACAUCAUGUGAGAGGGCGGGGCAGAGACACUUUGGAACACCUCGGGGGGGGCGCCGGUGAGAGUCGUACAGUUCAGCCAAUCGGGCCACAACAGAGAACAGCCCCGGCUCCUCUCAGAGCCUGACAGUGACCUUCCUCAUCAGAAACGGCCAAGCCCCCAUUUCUGUCCUCCACCUCUAACCACCUUCACCCUGUGUUCAAACAGCCCAUUACGGCAAAAAAACAAGGAACUGGAUGUUAUGGAUGGGGGACAUAUUUUGGACGGGACUGUUGGGAUUUCUACGACUAUUAAAGGACUUUUGUUUUUAAAACAGUGACAUUUAUUAAGCUAGUUUCAUUACAGUAGCGUGUAGCGGGACUGCGUGUCACACACGUGUCGUCUGGGGUUUUUCCACACCUCUUGUCAGUGCGCUCUGACUGAAAGGUAAUCUCAUCUGUGUUGAUACUUGUAUACACAGUCUGAUGCUGAUAUAUAAGUACUUGCUCAAUAAAUAUAAACAUUGAGUGAGAAUCUGAUUGAUUUACAGGUUUUUUACAUUUAGACUAUGUUUCUGUGACUGGGACUAACACCAGUGUUGAAGCUGCAUGUUUUUUUGCAAACCUCUGUCACACCCCCCUCCCCCCCCCCCCCUCCUCCCCCAAGGAGAUUGGUUGCCUCUGAGCUGGUAAUACAUUUAGUAUUGGAAUUGUAGAGGACACUUUAGAAACUACUUAUGCAUGUUUAUAUUGGUAGAGUAGGAGAUGGAUUGUUCAUGUACUAUUGCUGAUAAAGUUUAAUAAAAAAAAAUAAAAAUCUGGCUUUUGAAAUCUUUCA